AUGAAGUUCCUCGCCGCCAUCCUCGCCCUCACGACCGCCGUCUGCGCUGCUCCACAGGCAGCACCGGCCUCAGGCUCUGACAUGGACGCCUUUGAUGCUGCCAUCACCAAGCUCUUUGCGCGUGCCCUCGUCGCCGAUUCCUGCGACGAGUGCCACGAGCACCUGGACAUGUGCAUGAAGUACGGCAUCGCAAAUGACCAUCAGACCGGUUGCGCGCCUGCUUGUAUGAAGCAUGUCUGCCUGAGGUGGCCGAACUGCGGCACGUGCGGCGACAAGUUCCACUGCUAG